GGUCGAUUCCCAAAGUAAUUGCAAUCGCAUAGCUGGGAGCACACGUACAUCCGAAGACAAAAUCAUGGCCUCUACACGGAAUCUCACGGCCGAGAAGCUGUUCAAUGUGAAGGGGUUUGUUUGUCUUGUUACUGGUGGAGGGUCCGGCAUCGGCUUGAUGGCAGCCCAGGCACUUGCAGCAAAUGGAGCUCGAGUCUACAUUACGGGACGACGAGAGGAGGCAUUGAAGAAGGCCGUCGAGUCGCACCAUCCGAACGACUUUGGAGGCGAAAUCAUAGCUUGUCGGACGUGUGAUGUGACUAAAAAGGAAGAGCUAGAGCUUCUGUCUGAGGAGUUGGAGCGCAAGGAGAGGCGGCUGAAUCUCCUCGUAGCUGCUGCUGGAAUUUCCGGACCGAAAGCACCGCCCGAAGAGCGCGAUGCCAAGGACCUGAGGAACAAGCUGUGGGAGAAAGAGACGUUUGAAGGAUGGGAUGAGACGUGGAGGACGGACGUGGCUGCGGUAUACUUUACCACCGUGGCUUUCCUGCCACUGUUGCAAGCCGGCGCGGAGACCCACGGCCACUUGUCUGCCUCGGUCAUCGUGAUCAGCUCGAUGAGCGGAAUCAUGCGGGACUCGCAAGGCCAUUUCGCAUACAAUGCGGCCAAGGGGGGGACGGUGCACCUGACGAAGCUGAUGUCGGCCGAGUUCCUAAAGGUGGGCGUACGCGUGAACAGCAUCGCGCCGGGCUACUUUCCCAGCGAGAUGACGGCCAAAGAAAGCGGCGACGACCAGAAGAGCCAUCUGCCGGACGAGAAGGUCCAGGAGAAGGGCCACGUCCCGCACCAGCGGGCCGGGAGCGACGAGGAGAUGGCGCAGGCCGUGCUGUUCCUGACGAGGAACACCUACGUGAACGGGGAGAUCUUGGCGAUCGACGGAGGCGUGCUGAACGUGGUCGCAGGCCGAUGACGUGCUGCUUUCAUCUGCGUUCGUGUUCUGAUGCUCGUGCGAAUCGUGGCGAGGGUUUCGAGGUGAUCCUUUUGGGUCGGGACCAUCAUCAUCUUUUUUUUUUUUUUUUUAUU